AGAAGAGCCAGCCAAAGUCGUAACAUCUCAAGUUUCAUAAACGAAUACUGAGAUAUUCGUACCUGUUUAGCGUGUCGCGAAGCCUCCCGCUCGUAUAGAUUCUCCACAUAUAAAGGGUGGCAUAUUUCUGAGCCUUUGUCUCAUAACUUGGGUCUCUGAUCUCUCCAUUCACUCGUCGACGUUCACGACACAAAUCCAACAACCUCCAUGGAUUCUACCGCAACUUGCACCGUCACUUGUUCUGACUCCCAGCCCACAGAGUUCAUUUUACCUGACUUCUUCAGCGAUUGCCCCUACCCCAUGCGACUAAACCCUCACUGUGAUCCAGUAUCUCGCGCUAUUGAACAAUGGCUUUGUAGCGAAGCCCAUCUGGUAGAGCCCGAGGCUACCAAAUAUACUACGAUAUUGCGCCCAGGUUACUUCGCUUCAGUUUGUUUCCCUGAUGCGGAUGCUUUCCAUCUCAAAGUCUGCGCGGACUUCCUGGGCUGGUCAUUCAAAAUGGAUGACUGGCUCGAGAUCGAAAGGUCCGAUGUCAAUGAUGCUUGGGGAGUACGCGACUGCUGCAUAUCUGCGUAUCGUGUAAGAGACACGAGCCUAUGUGUACAUGUAUCACGGGGAAACGGGAGUCAGGUACUGCAAAAUGUCUCUGAUAUAUAUAUGCCACUUGUCGUCACGUCCGGGUGGUCCGACGGACGCUAUCAACUGCUCUUGACAUAUCGCGAUCCCGCCAACUUCCAGACGGAAAGAUAUAGUGGAAAGAUGUGCAAAUCAUAUUUCAGUCGUUUUAAAGAGACUGGCGGCCCUGGCUGCACAGAGCGCUUUAUUCAUGGUAUGGACUUGUGGUUUAUCUCUGCGGCCAAGGAGGUGGAGAACCGCGCCAAGGGACAUAUCAAUGAUGUUGAAUCUUACAUCGAAUUGAGGCGCGACUUGAGCGGCUGCAAGGCUUGCUUUGCCUUUACCGAAUUCGCCUGUCAGAUUGAUCUUCCCGACGAAGUAGUCUCGCAUCCAGUCAUCAUAGCGCUGGAGGAGGCUGCCAAUGAUUUUAUUUCUUGGUCAAAUGAUAUUUUCUCCUAUAACCUGGAGCAAUUUCACCAUAGCACAAAUAAUUCAGUUGCUGUGCUCAUGGUCAAACAAGGUCUCGACCUGCAAGGCGCUAUUGACUACUGCGGCCGGCUAUGCAAUAUCUCCCUUCAACGCUUCGAAGAAAACCGCGCUAACCUCCCCUCGUGGGGAGAAGAAAUCGACAAGGAUGUGGCUAAGUACGUCGAAGGACUGCAGAACUGGAUUACCGGUACGCUGCAGUGGUCCUUCGAGUCCGCCCGCUAUUUCGGGAAGGAUGCGCAUAUCGUCAAGCAGAACCGAAUUGUCAAGCUGCUUCCCAAGCGACCAUUGUGAAAUCCACAGCUAUUGCUGUAUGUAAGACCGUUUCACUUCUUGCCUGCGAUGCACGAUUCUUAUUGCGAUGACUACCAUUAUAGA